UUACAGGAAAGGAGAGGAAGGAGUCUACAGAAGAGGAGAGGAGGGAGUCUAUAGGAGAGGAGAGGAAGGAGUCUACAGAAGAGGAGAGGAGGGAGUCUUCAGGAGAGGACAGGAGGGAGUCAGAGCCCUCAGACGAGACCAAAGGAGUCAGAGUUGAACCUGAAGAUGGGAUGGAGGAGAAGGAGAAGACAGAACAGGAAGAGGGAGGACAACGGCAGAAAACAGGAGAGGAGAAAAAGACCGACCAGGACACAGAGAAAGAGAAGACUGAAGUUCUGUCUGUGAUAGAGCCUCCGGAAUCUUCAGAACCUUCACAUUCUCUCGAACUCUCAGAACCUUUAGAACCUCAGAAGCCUCCUCCCACCAGUGCGGAGGUGGCGUUCGAUGCCUUCAAGGCCUUCUUCAUCCCCAGGCCCCUGAGGAGAGAGGGAGACAGGGGGGACCAGGAGGCAAAGAGGAAGGCCUGGAUCUUUGAGAGAACCUCCAAGACUCCUGAAAAGAAAAACCUCACUGACUCAAAAUUGGAGACAUCGAUCUCAGGUGAUGGAGAGGACCGGUCCACCCCAGGCCGUCUGCAGGCCAUCUGGCCCCCGACUAAGGAGGAGAAGGUUGGACUGAAAUACACAGAAGCAGAACACCAGGCAGCCCUCCUGCAGCUGAAGAGAGAAUGCAACGAGGAGGUGAAGAAGAUACAGGAGGACUAUGGGAAGCAGCUGUGCCAGCUGAGAGGGGACAACGAAGAGUGUGUAUCCCAUCUGGAGGUCACCUUGGCCAGGCUACAAAGUGACUUGGCCCUGGGUGCCCACCACCGCCGUGGAGACCUCCGAGACGUGGCCGUAUCCACGGGAGAUGACCUCUCAUCCCGGGCCUUCCGCACUGUGUGCGUCCAGACGGACCCCAUGACCUUCCCCCAACCCCCCCUCAACUUGCCUAAGAGACUGGACCUGGUUUCUAUCAGUCUAAAUUGUCUGGACAGGCUACCUCUCCCUCUUCUUCCCCCGUUCAUCUCCCUCCACCCCCCUGCUCCUCCACUCCCACUAUCCGAACCACCUGCACCUCAUGAAGGCUUAUUAUCAGGCAACCUAGCCCCACCUCCCCCCCCCUCCUCUCCUCCUCCUCCUCCUCCUCCUCCUCCUCUUCCUUCCUUUCCUUCCUGCUCUAACCCAGACCCAGGGACUCGACGGGCCCUCUCCAUCUCUUCCACCCUCCACCAGGGUCCGCCCCUCCACCUCCACCCCUCCACCAGGCUGUGGCCCCCACCACCUCCCCCUCCAGGGUGUCUGACCUUCAGUACCAUGUUAGAAAACCCCCCCAGGAAGCCGGCUGUGCAACCAGCCUGCCCCAUGAAACCUCUCUACUGGACCAGGAUACAGAGACAGGACAACAAUAAAAACACACUGUGGAACUCUCUUGAGGAACCAGACAUCAUCAACACCACAGAGUUUGAAGACCUGUUCUCCAAGACCACCGUACAGACCAAGAGAAAACCUCUGGCAGAGGCCUAUGAGAAGAAAUCCAAGGCCAAGAAGAUCAUGAAGCUGCUGGAUGGGAAGCGUUCCCAGGCCGUAGGGAUACUAAUCUCUAGUCUGCACCUGGCGAUGAAGGACAUACAGGAAGCUGUGCUGAAUGUGGACAACUCCGUAGUGGACGUGGAAACCAUCCAGGCUUUAUACGAAAACAGAGCCCAGCCUGAUGAGCUGCAGCGGAUAAGGAAACACUACCAAACUUCCGAGGAGGAGCAGGUCAAGCUGCUGGACAAACCUGAACAGUUCCUGUUUGAGUUAUCUCAGAUACCAGACUUCCCAGACAGGGCUUCAUGUAUCAUCUUCCAGUCUGUCUUCAUAGACGCCAUCGACUCCAUUCAGCACAAGUUGGACAUUGUCUCUCGCGUCUGCAAGGAUCUGAUGGACACCUGCAGUGUGAGGGAGGUGAUGGGUCUGAUUCUAGCCCUGGGGAACCACAUGAACGGGGGCAACAGGACCAGAGGACAGGCAGACGGCUUCGGACUGGAGAUCCUGCCCAAACUAAAGGACGUCAAGAGCAGGGACAAUCGUAUCAGUCUGGUUGACUAUGUGACAUCGUACUAUCUCCGCAACCUGGACGAGAACGCUGGAACAGAGAGAAGUGUGUUCCCUCUCCCUGAGCCUCAGGAUGUGUUCCUGGCUGCCCAGGUCAAGUUUGAAGACAUCACCAAGGACCUGAGACAGCUGAGACGAGACCUGACAGUGUGUGAGAAAGGGGUUCAGAAGGUGUGUUCCAGCUCUCCAGAAGAACACCUCCAGCCGUUUAAGGACAAAAUGGAGUCGUUUGUUCUGAUUGCGAGUAAUGAACAAGAUGAAGUGCAUGCCCAGUUGAUGUUUGCACAAAAAAGCUUCCACGAGCUGGUGACGUUCUUAGGGCUGAAGCCCAAGACAGGAGAGACCGAGGUGGCGACAGGUUACUUCUUCAUGCUGUGGUUUGAGUUCUGUACCGACUUCAAGACCAGGUGGAAGAGAGAGAACAAGAAUAUAUCCAAAGAGAGGCUGAAAGAGGCCCAGCUGUCAGUGAAGAAGAUUACAGCAGACAAGAAGGUGGAGACUAGGAAGACCAACCCUAACAGUCUGAAAGACAGGCUACGCCAGAAGGAAGCUAACAUGGUGGCCACAAGCUGAGAGACAGAACAGGAGAGAGAAGAAAUUCAUGAGAAAACUGACGAGUUGGUUUGUGAGGUAAGUGGGGACUUCUCCCACCCCUUUAGCCACCCACACAGGGUGAUCAGGAUCACACCAGUCUCUGUUCCUGCCCACCCUCUUAUACACCAAGCCUGGAACACUGCCAUCUGACCCCUGCUGGAGACUAGAGGAAACCCCACAUACUAUGGUUCACAGGUCACGAAGCUGCAGAUGGAUUCACUGACCAACAGGGUACUACUGGCAAUAGUGGGAUCAUGACUAUUUUCUUGUUUAUUUUUUUAUGGGAGUAAUGUAUAUUCAUUUAAAAUGCGGUGGAUUCUCCACCUCAUCCUAAGGACAUUCAUGUUUAAAAAAUAAUACAUGUUUUUCAGUCAAAUAUCUGGUGAAAUGAAACAAGACAGUGUGUCUAGAUUGUAAACAUUUUCUCGUGUAGAUUUGUUUAGG